AUGGAUGGAGCUUGGCCGUUGCAGCGAGAACGUUUUGGUAGCUUUGUCGAGACCAUAUCGACGUAUGACGCUCUGUGCGAGCAAGAAAACGUGGCGUUGCGCGCCCAAGUGCACGAUCUCACCGAAUUGCUAGCAGCGUUUGAUCUUUGUGAGCUGCAAAAUCCACAUCUGAUCGCUGUACGAGACCGAGCGUUCCAACGUGACUUUAUACCGGAUGAGGAGCUACUUCGGGUCUGCUGCAUGGAACGUCAGCUGCAGCAAGAAAGCAUUCAACAUGCUCUGGAGGAUGAACUGGCUGAGCAAGAUAUGGCAAAUUGUCCCUAUGGACAAUCCAGUGAAGUCUCAGAGUGUCUUGAGAAUCACUCGAGCAUCGUUGAAGAAAUUGAAGGUCUACAGCAACGCAUCGAGUUGCUCGAACAAGAGGUGACUAUCUUGCAUCUGCGUCAAGAGCUCUCUGAAGAAACGACGUCAAGGUCGCAAUGGCCUGUAGCUACUGUUGACGGUGACCAAGCGGCCCAAGAUCAAGAUACCAAAAAGGACCAAGAACAAAGAGAUCGUCAUGUUUCCGAGGAACAAUGGGAAGAAACUACAAGGACGAUACAAGAGCAGAAGGAGCGGAUCGUCGAGCUCGAAAAAGCACUGGCGAUGGAAUCCGACAAGAAUGCGGCAUUGCAACAACAGAUUCAACGCUAUCGACAAGUCGAAAGUAUAUUGCUAGAAUUCAGUCGAUGCCACUCGUCUGCCUCGUCACUCUAA